AUGUCGUACAAACCGGUAUCGGUGAUUCAUCCAGUUCAUAUCAUAGUACCGUUGCCGCUUGAAGACGUUGAAGAAGAACUCAAAAAUCCUUUCGGCCUUUCAAUUCUCAAGGUUAAGCCCGUUAUUGAUCUCGCAGUGGAUGAUGCGUAUAGAAAGUUUCAAUAUGUUCCACACGAUUCGAUGGCUAUUACUUACCGCGAUAGUAAAUUAUCUGAUGCUCAUGGUCCUAACGUUGCCAUACAGCAAUUGGUCAAGAAUCGUCUGGAUUGCAUUAUCGGAUACGCUUUUGUCUACGCUCUAGCACCGGUUGCUCGUAUGUGUCCGUACUGGCAAGACGACGAUAGCAACGGUAUUCCGGUAAUCACACCAAUCGGUCUAACGAUGAAUCUUGAUAAUAAAAUGGAAUAUCAGACCUUAACGAGGAUCAGUGGUCCUUACAAGGUGGGUGGAUGA